AUGCCAAUGAUGCCCACAUCAGACCGCCUACAAGUUCUGCUCGAUCGUGUCCACGAGGCCAACAAGAUCGAGCGCAAUCGUGUCUCGCUUGAGACUUUCCUCGCGGGUCUUCACGAAGAAGACCAAAGCCUCGAUGAGGUGCAGCUGAAGCAGACUCAGCUUGCGAUCUACGAGACGCUCCUGCGCCUUUUCAAUGCCACCAAUUCGGUCUCACAGGCUACCCAAACCUCCGCCUUGACAGCUUCAUGCGCAGUACAGACCGACGCAGCAACAAUAUCCCUUUGGGAUUUACUGCCCAAGGCUCGCAAAGAAGCCUACGAUCGUGGGUUUGAUGCUGGAAAAGACUAUGGAUACGUUCAAGGCAUCAAGGAGGGCAGAAGUACCGGCAUCACGGAAGGCUUGGCAGUCGGGUUUGAACAGGGGCAGGCAGAAGGACUGAAGAUGGGACUGGUGCAAGGCAAAGAACUCGGAACGCAGCACGGCAUUGGGAUUGGAAAGAAAGUCGGUUAUACUGAGGAUCUUGCCCAGGGCCUGGGGCAAGCAGAGGAAGAGAUCAAGAAGUCCGUGGACAAAAGCACUCAGAGGCAUAUGCUGCAGAUGGAGAUGACAAGAGAAAAGAUUGUUGUGAAGCUGCCUCCAGCAUUGGCUACGACCAUCUCCAAGAAGAAGGAUUCGAAGAAGGCCAAGACUGAAAGUAACGGUGUUGAUCCCUUUGCGUCGCUGUUGUGUUUGGUGCACAAGAAGUAG